UUUAUUUCUCCGCUCCAGGCCUUCCCCACCCGCCCACACACUGACACAGACACCCUCAUCUCUCGGCCUCUCCCUCCCUACUAGAGGCGAGUGGGCGACGAACUGGGCGAGAGGCGCCGCCCUUCGGCCAGGUUUCUCGGCGCUUCACCAGCGACUCCGCCAGGGCAGCAGACGGAUGGCGUCGUCGGUGCCGGCGCCAUCGGGGUCGGUGAUCACCGUGGCGUCGUCCUCGUCGUCCGCAGCCGCGGCCGCGGUGUGCGGCACCGGGUCGCCGUGCGCGGCGUGCAAGUUCCUGCGGCGCAAGUGCCAGCCGGACUGCGUGUUCGCGCCCUACUUCCCGCCGGACAACCCGCAGAAGUUCGUGCACGUGCAUCGCGUCUUCGGCGCGAGCAACGUGACCAAGCUGCUGAACGAGCUCCACCCCUUCCAGCGCGAGGACGCCGUGAACUCGCUCGCCUACGAGGCCGACAUGCGCCUCCGCGACCCCGUCUACGGCUGCGUCGGGGUCAUCUCCAUCCUCCAGCACAACCUCCGCCAGCUCCAGCAGGACCUCGCCCGCGCCAAGUACGAGCUCUCCAAGUACCAGGCGGCGGCGGCGGCGGCUUCUGCGUCGACGGGGCCGAACGGGCCGCAAGCGAUGGCAGAGUUCAUCGGCAGCGCGAUGCCGAACGGCGCGCACAACUUCAUCAACAUUGGGCACUCGGCGGCGCUCGGCUCCAUCGGAGGCUCGCCCGCCGUGUUCGGGCAGGAGCAGUUCGCCAACUCGCAGAUGCUGUCCAGGAGCUACGACGGCGAGCCCAUCGCGAGGCUGGGGAUCAACGGCGGCUACGAGUUCGGGUACUCGACCGCGAUGGGCGGCGCCGGGCCUGUCUCUGGCCUCGGGACGCUCGGCAUCAGCCCGUUCCUGAAGUCCGGCACCGCCGGCGGCGACGAGAAGCCCAGCGCCGGGCAGUAGGGGCGCGGAUCGAUCUUGUCAGGUUACUGACGUGAAGAAUGAAAAAAAAAACAUGAAGAGUGCUGAAGACUAAGUGGAGUGCAAUGAUUAUCUUAGAUUUCCACCGUUAGGACGGAUGGUCGAUCAGUAUUGUCAGUCGAUUUUACAUGAAGAGUGCGUGCCUAUGUUGUUUACUUGCUUGUUUGUCAAUUACCGCCUCCGUCUUCCAUCCAUCCACAAGAAGAUGAUCCAACAUUUCAUGCGAGCAUCCACGAGCCGUGUCAAUGUUGUUGCUGUAGUGCAAGAGAAACAUGCGUGCUGCUUGUCCCGGGGGCUUUUACCACUCGGACGGCUAGCUCCCUUUUCCCUUCUUCCCUAGUUUCUACUCCUCCAUGUAUUGCUAGAUUGGCUCUACACUACUGAAGUUGACCUUGAGAAAGUGCAGCUUCUUGAGACCUGAUGGGUGUAUCUGUUCGAUACUGCUGCGUAUCCCUGCUUUGACUUGUGAUGACUCCUGCUAGGUUCGAUUGAACAAGGCAUGCUAAUGGCCUAGAGGAGCUAGCUGGCAUGUCAGGCUGGAAAUAUACUGUAUCAUUGCAUGGAGAUCCUCA